AUGGAAAUUGAAGAGUUUGAGAAAUUCUCAAAACUUGCUUGGGAUGGGAUGCAAGAGUUGGCGCCACGCACUUCUCGAUCAACAUUUGUCGACAAAAUUCUACGAGAACAGAUGGAGGAAAGGAAAAGGACCAGAAAACAAUAUUAUCCACAAGCCGGUGCAUUCGAUGGUUAUCAAAAUUCCGUGAACUACAUGCCACAGCAAAUCUUUCCAAAUCAACAACCCGUCUAUCAACAAGCACAAAACUUUCAGCUCACUUCAGAUCAAUGCAAUUGUGGCCAAAAAUCUUCGAAUUGUCCGCCCGGACCACCCGGACCAGCAGGGUAUCCUGGAGAACCAGGAGAAAUGGGUUUUCCCGGUCAACCGGGUGUCCGUGGAGCUGACGGGAUCGCUUUACCAUUAGAACAUUAUGAAAUCCCUGGAUGUAUCGUUUGUCCAUGUGGUCCACCGGGUCCUCCCGGAGAGCCUGGACCCUGUGGGAUCCCUGGAAUAAACGGUCGGCCAGGUAGCUCAGGUCUACCGGGACAAGGUCCCAGGCCUGGAGCACCGGGUGAAUGUGGAGAUCGUGGAGAACGCGGCACUCCCGGGCAGCCAGGUCAAUCAGGUCUCCGGGGACGAAAUCAGAUGCAAAUUUGUGGAACACCCGGUCUACCCGGUGGACCUGGACCGUGUGGGCCUGACGGGGAUACUGGGCCACCAGGUGUGCAAGGUCCAACGGGUCGUCCGGGAAGAAGCGGUUUGAUGGGGCCACCAGGGAGUCGGGGACAAAACGGCAUUCCCGGGGCACAGGGAUUGCCAGGCCAUCCCGGUCAACCAGGUCAAGACGGUGAAUAUUGCAUGAAAUGUCCGGCAAAGCCUUCAGCCGGCGUUCAGCAAGUCUAUCAGACAGCCAACAAUCAGCAAUUUCCCACGUAUCCAUCUCAACAACCGAAUCCAUUUGAUGUCUCUCAACAAGCCGCAAUCUAUCCGCAAACGACGAAUCAAGGGAAUUAUGGUCUUUCCCUUUCCCCACCACCAAGUACAAUCACCCAGCUUGGAGCAUCGAGUGAUUCAUACGUAAAUCGUGCGGCUUUUCGUCAAAAAGUGAUUGCUCGAAUGCUCAAACAACGAGUGGCUAAGCAAAAAUUGAAGCUU